GCCAUAAUUUCAUGAUGGCGUUUGAACAUGAAUGGAAUCAACGCAAGAGGAGGAAAUGUGUUGCUAAUAACGAUCUUUCGAAUAAGAAAUACAAGAAAAAGGCAGAAUCAAGAGAACUUACUCUUCAAGAUAUUUCUAGUCUUAGUGAUGAGAUUCACCAUCUAGAGGAGGAAAUAUUUAAAAGAGAUUCUUUAUGUGCAGAUACCUACACACUGGAAUCUCUGGCAAUGAUCGAAACAAAACUCUUGAAUGCUGACUUGCCUUCUUCAUCCAAAGAAAAUAACACUGACGGAAAAGAAAAAGAAAUUGAUGUAAUAAACGAGAGACUUCGUUCUUUGGAAAAGUUGACAGGUUUAAUAUUUAUUGAAAAUAGCACCGAGAUGCUUUCAAAGACAGAAGCCACAAUGGUUUUACUUCGGAGAAUGUUAGGAACUUGUCUUAGAAUUCCCUUUGCAGUGGAAUUCGAAGUUAAAGAAGAGGAAAAUGUGAAUAGUCUGCUGAGCUCAAAAGAUGCUGAGUGUAUGGAACACAGGGUUGUUGAAUUAACCAGACUCCAAGUUAGUGUCACAGAUCAUCUAGCAGAACAGGAACUUGCUCAAUUUCUUGAAAAAGUGCAAGAGGACAAGUCUUUGCAGCCAUUUUUUUUUGGACUUAUUCAGUAUGCUGAAGGGCACAGCAAUAGGCAAAGGACAUUUGGUCAUUUUAAAAUGAAGUACCCUGAAAUUGUACACUUGACAAAUACAUCCACUGCAAGUCAGUUUAUGAAACUGUACAACAGGAACAAACCUGGACUUGUUUUUACAAUAUGGUGGAGACUUGUUAUUGGUGAAUCUGGACAUGUCACAUCAGAUAUUCAGAUCCAUGCCUCAGCACCAAUGAAACACACUGACCAAAGGGACAAAUAUUCUUUGCUUAGAAGUGUUCCAAAACAGUUUCACAAAGUGAUGCCUAUUAUUGGAAUAGAACAGGCCAUCGAACUUGUGGUUGGAUUGGUGUGUGGAUAGCGAUAAUUUAUUAGUUGUAUAUUAUACUGAAUUUCUCUGAGUUUGUUCUUUUAGAGAGCUGAGAAAGUCUUUUCAUCUUAUAACUGUAUUCUAUCUCGUAAAAUAGGUUGUCACAUAGAAAAAUUCCAGCAGCUUCAAAUAUCCAGUGUCAGUUAUAUGGAGACUAAUUCUUAAGAACAUAGAGGCAUUGUAGCUAAUGUUUGGGGUCAGUGGUAAAGGUUCUAUCUGUAAGAAUCUCUUUUUGAGAUACAGUUGAACAUCUCCUAGCACACAAUUUUGGAUGACAGACUCCUGUUGGUAGAAACUUAGUUCUGGCCUAUAUAACUCUUGCAUCUUACUGGUGCAAAACCUCCAGGGGAUAGAGAGGGUCUGCUUUCUGGAGGUUUGGUGGUAG